AUUUUUGGCCGCACAUCAACGUUAUCUUAUAGCGCAUCAUCAACAUGGAGCCCUCAGGGAACAGAACUCCUGAGGGGAAGGAUAUGAUCCAUCUGGCCAAGAAGGCAGAGAGAUAUGCAGGGACUUCCCAGGCCUCGACUCCAGUUGUGGUCGUGACCCAAUCUCAAACAUCAGUCGGUGUCCCCAAGAAGCGCAUCUACGUAGUACCCAUGCCCCGGCGGGCUCCUAAAGAGCCACAAAUCCAGAUUCGGACUCCCACUGCAGAUGCAACCCGAACCCGGACUCCAGUCCCAUCCACAAAACGCAUCUUUAUUGUAUCCCAACCUUUCUCUGCUGGGGGCUCGACGCAAACCCAGGUACCAGGCCCUAGGAAACACAUUUAUGUACUAGCUCAGCCCCAGAAUGCUGCUGGGGUCAGGACCCAACCCCAAACUACAGCCAGGAUCACGACUCAACCCCAAACUACAGCCAGGAUCACAAUUCAACCCCAAACUAUAGCUGGGAAAAUAGACCCACUUAUAGUGUCAGGACAGUCCCAGAUCAAGACUCCAACUGGGGUCACAGUUCAAUCCCAGAUUGUAGCCAGUGUCAAAGCCCAAGUCCAUCCUGAGGUAGGGAGAACAGACCCUCCUCAUGCUCCAAGGCAGACUAGGAAGAUGGUUCACUUCCAACCCAAGCCUCUGACAGCCAUGGAUGCAGCCCCAACCAAGGCUGAUGCCCAGACUCAGACCCCUACUGUCGUGGCAGAGGUGAUGUCUAUGCUGCAACACGGAGAUGUGAGACCUGCACCGCAGCCAUACCUGGUCCACAAAGAAGAGGUGCUGAGGAGGAUGGGUGCGCCAGAGAAGAUGUCAGUGAGAACGUUGCUGAUGUACACUGGGAAGAACCCUGCAGACCGAGACAGCAAGAACAGAUUGGUGAAAAACCUGAUUAAGGCUGGAAUCCCCCCCGUCGAGAUCCCUGCCUAUAUCACCAGUGCCUUCUCCAGGCUCACCGAGGGUGACACCACAAUGCUGUGUAGUGACAUGAAGUCCCUAGCUAUCAAACACCUCAACUUCACCAAUAUGGCCGAGCAGCUCAUAGAGGAGACCAACCCUGUGCAGCACUGGUCCAAGAUCAUCGAUACCAAAGCCCAGCUAGAGGAGAUGAGACUGUGUUUCAGGGACCCAGCUAACAGUCGUCUGAUGGACAACGUGACCCACGGUAUGAGCACGGGCGUGAUGGACGCCACCUUCGACAUCAUCUCUACCCUCAUUGACUACCAGGUGCAGCUAAUCGCCUGUCUAGUGAACACCAUGCCUUCACACCAAACUCCCACUAGGACGGCUGUCAAAACUAGGCCUUCUCCGGCCCUUCAGACGUCCGUGUCCCUCGUCACCCCCCCUGUUAUCACCAAUCCGACGCCCCUGGGCCCAUUCGCCUCCCAACCCCCCUUGAAACGUCUCUAUGUGAUAGCCCAGCCCCACAACAAGCCCCUGCGGUGCUGCCAAGAGACCCAGAACGAGACCCAGACAGACACCCAGCUCCCUAAGGAACCACUGAAACAUCAGAAGGGUCGAGGCGUCCAGCGUGGCCCCAGGGGAUCUUACAGGAAGAGAGCCGCUUCAGGGGCCUCAGGCAGGAAACAGGAAGCGGCUCAGGAGAAGGGGAGGGGUAAGAAGGUUAAGCUAAACCCCUCCCCACACGUUGCCAUGGAUACCGAGGAAGAGGGGAAUGCAAAGAUGGCCAAAAAGAGAACUGCUGGCAACACAGAAGGAAACUCUGCAGCUGGAUGUACACAAACAAAUUGAAAAGUUACAGAAUGUGUAGCUGCAAACUCCAGCAGAAAGGAAACCCCAACAGUUGCGCCAACAGAAACAUAGCCUUGUUCCAGAAACAGUUUCUGGCUCCUACACUUGUGUAGGCAUUGAUAUGAGGGGAUUGGAUAGGUGAAAGCAAUUGGAUAGGUAUAGCAAAUCAAAUUUGAUUUGUCACAUGCGCCGAAUACAACAGGUGUAGUAGACCUUACCUUGAAAUGCUUACUUACAGGCCCUUAACCAACAAUGCAGUUCAAGAAAGAGUUAAGAAAAUAUUUACAAAAUAAACAAAAAUAUGAAAUGUAACAAUAAAAUAACAAUAACAAUGCUAUAUACAGGGGUACCAGCACUGGGUCAAUGUGCGGGGGUACAGGUUAGUCAAGGGGGGGGGUCAAUGUAAGUAGUCCGGUUGGUCAUUUGGUUAAUUGGUCAGCAGUCUUAUUGCUUGGGGUAGAAGCUGUUACGGAGCCUUUUGGACCUAGACUUGGUGCUCCGGUACGGCUUGCUGUGUGGUAGCAGAGAGAACAGUCUAUGACUUGGAAGACUGGAGUCUUUGACAAUUUUUUUGGGUCCUUCCUCUGACACCGCCUCGUAUUGAGGUCCUGAAUAGCAGGAAGCUUGGCCCCAGUGAUGUACUGGGCCGUACAUACUACCCUCUGUAGCGCCUUACGGUUGGAUGCCAAGCAGUUGCCAUGCCAGGCGGUGAUGCAACCGGUCAGGAUGCUCUCGAUGGUGCAGCUCUAGGACUUUUUGAGGAUAAUGGGACCCAUGCCAAGUAUUUUCAGUCUCCUGAGGGGGAAAAGGUGUUGUCGUGCCCUCUUCACGACUGUCUUGGUGUGGUUGGACCAUGAUAGUUUGCCAGUGAUGUAGACACCAAGGGACUUCAAACUCUCGACCCGCUCCAAUACGGCAUGUCGAUGUGAAUGGGGGUGUGUUCGGACAUUAUUUUCCUGUAGUCCACGAUCAGCUCCUUUUUGUCUUGAUCAUGUUGAAGUAGAGGUUGUUGUCCUGGCACCACACUGCCAGGCCUCUGAUCUCCCUAUAGGCUGUCUCAUCGUUGUCGGUGAUCAGGCCUACCACUGUUGUGUCGUCAGCAAACUUAAUGAUAGUGUUGGAGUCGUGCUUGGUCACGCAGUCAUGGGUGAACAGGGAGUACAGGAGGGACCGAGCACGCACCCCGUGUUGAGGAUCAGUGUGGUAAUGUGUUGUUGUCCAGGAUCCAGUUGCAGAGGGAGGUGUUUAGUCCCAGGGUCCUCAGCUUAGUGAUGAGCUUUGUGGGCACUAUGGUGUUGAACUCUGAGCUGUAGUCAAUGAACAGCAUUCUCACAGGAGUUAAUUUUGUUCAGGUGGGAAAGGGCAGCGUGGAAUGCUAUUGAGAUUGCGUCAUCUGUGGAUCUGUUGGGGUGGUAUGCGAAUUGGAGUGGAUCUAGGGUUUACAGGAUUAUGGUGUUGAUGUGAGCCAUGACCAGACUUUCCAAGCUCUGCAUGGCUACUGACGUGAGUGCUACAGGGCAGUAGUCAUUUAGGCAGGUUACCUUCGCUUUCUUGGACACCGGGACUAUGCUGGUCUGCUUGAAACAUGCAGGUAUUACAGACUUGGUCAGGGAGAGGUUGAAAAUGUCAGUGAAAACACUUGCCAGUUGGUCCGCGCAUACUCUGAGUACACGUCCUGGUAAUAUGUGAAUGUUGUCCUGUCUUAAAGAUCUUGCUCACAUCGGCUACAGAGAGUGUGAUCACACAGUCGUCUGGAACAGCUGGUCCUCUCAUGCAUGCUUCAGUGUUGCUUGCCUCGAAGCGAGCGUGUGGUGUACCGCAGGGCAGCUCUCUAGGCCCUCCACUCUUUUCUAUUUUUACCAAUGACCUGCCACUGGCAUUAAACAAAGCAUGUGUGUCCAUGUAUGCUGAUGAUUCAACCUUAUACACAUCAGCAACCACAGCUAAUGAAGUCACUGAAACCAUUAACAAAGAGUUGCAGUAUGUUUUGUAAUGGGUGGCCAGUAAUAAACUGGUCCUGAACAUCUCUAAAACUAAGAGCAUUGUAUUUGAUACAAAUAAUUCCUUAAGUGCUAGACCUCAGCUGAAUCUGGUAAUGAAUGGUGUGGCUGUUGAACAAGCUUAGGAGACUAAAUUACUUGCCGUUACCUUAGAUUGUAAACUGUCAUGGUCAAAAAAUAUAGAUUCAAUGGUUGUAAAGAUGGGAAGAGGUCUAGCCGUAAAAUAAAGACGCUCUGCUUUUUUGACACCACACUCCAAAAAGCUAGUCCUGCAGGCUCUAGUUUUGUCUAAUCUUGAUUAUUGUCCCGUCGUGGUCAGUGCUGCAAGAAAAGACCUAGUUAAGCUUCGGCAGGUCCAGAACAGAGUGGCACGUUUUGCUCUUCAUUGUAUUUAGAGGGCUGAAAUACUAUUGAUGCCAGUCUCUCUUAGUUAAGAGUUGAGGAGAGACUGACUGCAUCACUUACACAUUAAUGUUUAUAAUAAACAUUAAUGUGUUGAAAUCCCAAAUUGUUUGCAUUGUCAACUUACACAUCGUUCUGACACACACACACUUAUCCCACCAGACAUGCCACCAGAGGUCUUUUCACAGUCCCCAAAAAAACCUCAAGAAAACAUCCAAUAUUAUAUAGAGCCCUUAUUGUAUGGAACUUCCUUCCAUCUUAUAUUGCUCAAAUAGACAUCAUAUCUGGUUUCAAAAAACAGAUAAAGCAACACCUUGCGGCACAACGCCUCUCCCCUAUUUGACCUAGAUAGUUUGUGUGUAUGCAUUGAUAUGUAGGCUACGUGUGUCUUUAAAAAAUAUGUAUGUAGUUCUGUCCUUGAGCUGCUGUUUUCUAUUGAUGUUCUGUAUUAUGCCAUUCUGUAUUAUGUUUUGUGUGGACCCCAGGAAGAGUAGCUGCUGCUUUUGCAACAGCUAAUGGGGAUCCUAAUAAAAUACUAAUGACCAAAUUAAAGGUAUUUAGCUCGUCUGGUAGGCUCGCAUCACUGGGCAGUUCGUGGCUGGGUUUCCCUUUGUAGUCCGAUAGUUUGCAAGCCCUGCUACAGCCGACGAGCGUCAGAAACGGUGUAGUAGGAUUCAUUCUUAGUCCUGUAUUGACGCUUUGCCUAUUUUUAAUAAUUUGUCUGAUGGCAUAGCAGGAUUUCUUAUAAGCGUCUGGAUAAGUGUCCCGCUCCUUAACUUCUUCGAUAUAGGGGGCGCUCUUUAAAUUUUUGGGAAAAAAAGUUCCCGUUUUAAACAAGAUAUUUUGUCACGAAAAGAUGCUCGACUAUGCAUAUAAUUGACAGCUUUGGAAAGAAAACACUCUGACAUUUCCAAAACUGCAAAGAUAUUGUCUGUGAGUGCCCCAGAACUAAUGCUACAGGCGAAACCAAGAUGAAAUUUCAUACAGGAAAUGCCCCAGAUUUUGAAUGCGCUGUGUUCCAAUGUCUCCUUAUAUGGCUGUGAAUGCGCCAGGAAUGAGCCUACACUUUCUGUCGUUUCCCCAAGGUGUCUGCAGCAUUGUGACGUAUUUGUAGGCAUAUCAUUGGAAGAUUGACCAUAAGAGACUACAUUUACCAGAUGUCCGCUUGGGGUCCUCCGUCGAAAUUAUUGCGCGUCCACUUUUCCAUGAGGUUCAGAGGAGAAAGGCAACUGCCACAAAUGAUUUAUCGUCGAAUAGAUAUGUGAAAAACACCUUGAGGAUUGAUUCUGUCGAUAUUAUGGAGUUAAUUUGGAAAAAAGUUUGGUGUUGUAAUGACUGAAUUUUCGGGGUUUUUUCUUAGCCAAACGUGAUGAACAAAACAGAGCGAUUUCUCCUACACAAAUAAAAUUUUGGGAAAAAACGGAGCAUUUGCUAUCUAACUGUAGUUAUAUAUAGAACCGAUCUCCACCCCCUAUAUUUCCGUCUUUUCUUUACGCGAAUGACAGGGAUUUGGACCUGGUCUCGGCGAAGCAGUACAUCCUUCACUUCGGACUCAUUAAAGAAAAUAUCUUUGUCCAGUUCGAGGUGAGUAAUUGCUUUUCUGAUUUCCAGAAGCUCUUUUCGGUCAUAAGAGACAGUAGCAGCAACAUUAUGUACAAAAUAAGUUACAAUGUGAAAACCCCCACAAAAUAGCACAAUUGGUUUAGGAGCCUGUAAAACGGCAGCCAUCCCCUCCGAUGCCAUUAUUAUACCUAGGGGGUAUAGGGGCCAAGUGUUGAUUUUGGAAGUGGACUGAGCACUCCGUGAUGUGAGGACAGAGAAAUGGAAGAAGGAUAUAAGAGGCAAAAGAGUUUAAGUGCCUUGGAACACAUUGACUAAAUUGUAAAUUACUGUAAUAUGGACUAUAAUAUGGACUAUUGGGACAACUUUAUAUUAAAGUUGUAAUUUUCCAAAGCAUGGUGAUUCCUUUGUUUUGAGAGAGCCAUGCCUAGAUCAGGGUUCUCCUACUCUGGUCCUGAAGAGCUACUGCUAACACUUGAUUCAGAUAAUCAAGGUCUAAGGUCUUGAUGAACAGACAAUUAGUAGAAUCAGGGGUGUUCGAGCAGGGAUGCAACAAAAUCCUGCACAUGCAGUGGGGUUUGAGAAUCCUUUUCUAUAGAGUUGCUGAAGCUCGUUGAUGUCUCUCUCACUGUUUUGGCAGUUGGGUGUUAUAGUAAAUUCAGAGAGAUUUUAGGAAGCGAGCAGCUCUGCCUCACACGUAGAGAGAGAUGGCGGACUAGAUGGAUAUAACCCAUUUUAGCAUGAACAUUGCCAUUGAGGCAGAAUAUAUGUGUAGAGCCUAGGGCAGACUUUCUACUCUGUAAAUUGAUGUUGUUUGGUAAAUGUUUCGUUUCACAUAGACAUGUCUUUAUACUUUUUAGCUCUUGGUUACUUCUGUUUUGUUUACAAUUAUAAAUAAAACGUUGCUCCCACACAA